AUGUCAAAAAGUCAAAUCAAGCGUCUACACCAACAGCAGGAGGCGGAAAAAGUAAAAUUUUUUUUGCAGAAAAAAAGUGUACAAAGCAUUUUUUCAGGCCAAUUUGGGUGAAGAAGAAGAGGAACCGGUACAGGUUCAACAACGCAAAGGACCCGCCAAUCGAUUUGCGUUUUUUGGUAAUUUUGCAAAAAAUUUUAAAAAAAAGCGCAUUUAAAUACAAUUGCAGACGACGAAGAUGAGUCGAACGACGACGAUGCCAAAUCUGAAGAGGAAACUGGAAGUUCGCAGCCGAAAACUGUAAAAAACGCGAAAAGUUUACUGAAGACACGUUUUUUUUCAAUUUUCAGACGGCCGACAAAAAAAAGGCGAAAAAGAGCAAGAAGAAGGGAAAGAAGGGCGGUGCGGAAGUCGUCGAGGAGACAGAAAAUCAAAUGUUGGCACGCAUGGCCGCAUUGGUACGCAUUUUCACGAUUCCUCCCCUUGUCGAAAUUUCCGACGUUUUGCUGCAUCAAAACCGCUUGUUUCAGAAUGCGAAAGAGUCGAAGAAAGCGGCGGCGGCGAGUGCGGACCAAGCGCCGAGCGUGGAGGAGCUGAUGAAGGUGGACAUGAAAAUGUUCGACAUGUCGGCGGAAAUCAAACGGAAACUCGGAAAGGCGUUCAAAGAAGUGACGACGCCCGGCGCGACGGAGGAGAAUCGCUGGCCGCCGGGACGUCGGGCCGUCGGACGCAUCGUCAAGAAUAAGCCCAAGUGGUUUCCGGAAAGGGACUACGGUCUUUCGAUGGUCCAAACGGACGAGACGAAGGACGGAGCGGUGUGGUUCCAUCUGAAGCACAACAAAAAUUACGAGGGACGCGAGCGGUUGUUCUGGCUGGCGGAGGCCCAGAUGAACCCGGAAGUGGUGCACGAGAUCUUCUCCGACACCCCCUACCACCUCAACUCGCUCCUCAUGAUGGCCCACAUGAACCGGAUGAACGAGGACUUCAACCAGGGCGCCGAUCUGAUAGAACGUGGCAUCUGGUACGUGGAUCAGUACGCGGCGCCGACGUUCGAACCUUUCAACUGGCGGCACCGUCUCGACUACACGGACUACGAGAACCGCGCGUUCUUCCUCCUUCUCCACCGCCACAUGCUCAACGCGGCACACAAACGGUGCUGGGAGACCGCCUGGAACACCGCCAAACUCAUUUUCAAACUCGAUCCGACUGGCGACCCGCUGGCGAUAAUGUCGAUAAUCGACGGGUACGCGUUGAAGGCGAAACAAUUUCAGUGGGUGCUAAACACGUACGAGGCGGCCAAGUCGUUCAAAAAGCUCAAUUUGCUGCCCAACUGGCCGUAUUCGGUGGCGUUGGCCAGACACGCGCUCGCAAAAGACGAAGGAGAGCACGAGACGGCCGAGAAGGAGCUCCGUCUUGCGAUCCGUCACUUUCCGUCGGUCGUCGUCCAACUCAUGGACAAUCUUCAAAUUAAUCCGGAUUCGGCAGUGAUGAACUGCAAGAUGUUCACGUCUUUCGUCGCCGACAAGUUGGUCUUUUUUUUGUUGUUUUUGGAAAACGCUAACACACUUGCUUCUUUCCUUUCAGCGAGCCGGACAGUCUCAAACUGCUCGUGAAAAUCUACGCGAAAGAAACAGAGGAGGUGUGGAAACAGCCGGAAAUUCUGCUCUUUUUGGAGAAUUCCACCCGUCGAGUGGCCGUGUCGAGCGACAAACAAGAGAUUGACGAGUGCAGCGAAUGGAGGAACAAGUUCGUUUUUAUGAAAUUUUUAUUGGAAUCGGAAUCUGAUCGAGAAAAAUUGAGAAACUUAGGCCCUAAUUAUUAGGACUAAAUGGAGGCCUGGGCGAACGUUCCGGACUAAAGAAACCGAACUGACAAGUUCAAAAAGACAAUUUCAACUAAAACAAUUUGCAGACGAAAACGAAUGUACGCGAGCCGAUCGCCGAACGUGGCGCGCCUGUGCCAACUGCUCGACGUGGUGCCCUCCUCGUCGUUGAGUGAUCCGGAACCGCCGAAAAACGGACGGUGCGGGUACGAACGAGACGCGCACGGACUCGCCACCGGACAGCCCGUCGUCGACAAUCUCGUCGGCGCGCUCAUCCACUCGCUCAUGCCCAAUUAUGAACCCGUCAGUUUUUUUUUUGCCCUGUUUUCUACAGUAUUAUUCAAAAAAAAAAGGCGAAUAAUUGCAGGAUCGUACACUUCAAGAACAACUCGGCCGCCACUCGGAGGAGUUCAUGCGCUACAUGGCCGAGCACCUCGACGGAGCACGAAUCUCGUUCACGGAGAUCACGGAGGCGAUCACGACGUGGCUGGACGGACGCAACGAGCAGGACCGCCUCGCGGCCGCCAAUGUGGUCCCGCUGGACGGGCACGAAGCCGUCGAAUUGCCCGAGGAAGAAGGAGAGGGAGAGGGAGAAGGAGCCGACGAGAAUAGAGAAUAA